AUGAUUAAAAUUUUUAUAAUUAUUCAAAAUACAGUAAUACCUAUAUCUGAAUUAAAAAUUAAAAUUUUUGAUCAAAAUGGAUUAACUGUUAGAAAUGAUAAUAGAACUUUUUAUUUUAAAGCUGCAAAUGAAAAACAAAGAGAUGAAAUUUAUAACAAACUAACCUCAUUAGGAAUAAAUAAAAGAAGGAAAUCAUUAUUUAACGAAAGAAAAAAAUCACUACAAUUAAAUUAUGGAUUGUUUUUAAAUAAUAAUAAUUAUAAUAAUAACAAUAAUAACAAUAAUAACAAUAAUAACAAUAAUAAUAAUAAUCAUUUAUUAGCAUCAUUUAUCAAACAUUCCUCGAUUAUUCAUAACCCAAAUCAAAAAUACUAUCCAUCUAAAUUUAAAGAUUUACAUAAACUAUUUCAGCAACCAUCAAUAUCACUUAAAGAUAUUCAUUUAAAAAACAGUGUAAAUUUACAAGACUCCUCCAUUGAUACAAACUCAAGUGGUCACUAUAGUCAUAAUUUCGGUUAUAACCCAAUCAAUUCAAGUAAUUUUUCAAAUAUUCCAGAGUCAUCUGAAAUUAGACCAUUCAAAAGAAAAGAAAAUAAAAAGAAAAGAAUGAUAUCGAGACAAUCAGUUCAAGAUUUAAUUAAAAGAUUCAACUCUAUCAACGAGGGUAUGAAUAUGAACAAUAACCCAUACUAUUUAAAUAAUAAUGAACUCUAUAUGAAACUAAUCCACAGAAUAGAUAUUUUAAAUGAAACAUGUGAUGAAAUUAUAGAUUUUUUAAAGAAAAAUAGAGAUCAAAUUUCGAAAUCAGCCCUAUAUAAUCUAUUAACUAUAUUCCAAGACUCUCAAUUCGAAUCGAAUCCAUCCCCAACCAUAUGUAUAGCAAGUACACCUCAAGCUAGCAUUGGUAACAACAAUAGUAAAAAGAAUAGUAAAAGCAGUAGUGGUUGUUACUCCCCCGGAUUUGGCAGUUUUAAACUAGAUGGCAGUAACUUAAAUGACUCUUCACCAAUACUAAACUCCCAGUCUGCAUCAUCAUCUACAUCACAAAGAAAUAAAGUCAUCGAAAAGAUUAAAGAUUAUGAUUUAAGCGAUGGAGAUGAUGAAGACGAUGAUGAAGAAGUCGAUAUAGAAUCAAUUAAAGAACUUGAACAACUAUCCUCAUCUGAUGAAGAGGAUGAAGAAAUUGAUUUCCAAUUCAACGAAAACAAAAGAUCCUUAUCGUCCAGUGGCGAAGAAGACAUUGGCUUUAAAGAUAACAAUGACUAUUUUACAAUUAGUGCAUCUGUACCAUACGAAACUGAUUCCGUUACAGCAUCAAGCUUAGAAAACCAAACAUUUAAAAAAGAAAUUAACAGUGGCUCAACAACACCAGAGCAUCAUCCUCAUCACGAAGAAAACCCAAUAUCAGUAACCACCACAACUACAACAACCACAACAACCAUAAAAAACAAUGAUGAUGAUGAAAAAAAAAAAAACUCCAAAAAUAUAACAAAUGAUGAUAAUAGUAAUGUUUCCGAUGAUAUAGCCGCCAUUUCAUUAGUGUCACCAAGAAGCUUUAAUCUAUCACCAAAGAUAACCCCAACUUUAAAUAUAUCCACCAAUAACAACAGUAAUAGUAGUAAUAACUCUAACAAUGAUAACAAACAAUGUAAUCGAGAUGUAAAUAUGCGUAGAUAUUCAAGAGAUUUAAUUCCUACUAAAAUUAUUUUUGCUGGCUCAAAUGCUGGUGGUGUUUAA